CCUGAGCAGGCAGGAACAGGCAAAGAUCAGAUCAGUAUGGAUACAGACAAGAAAAAAGUGACUCUCAGAGAAGGAUUCCUGGUGAAAAGGGGUCAUCUUGUACACAACUGGAAGGCGCGCUGGUUUGUGUUGAUGUCAGACAAGCUGCUGUAUUACAAGUACGAAGGAGGCAAACGGGACUCGUGUCAGCGAGGGAAAAUCUUCCUGAAGGACUGUGAGAUAACUUGUCCUUUUCUGGAGCACGAAAAUCGGCCGCUGGUGUUCAAGCUCCAGACAAAGAACGGGGUGGACCAUUUUUUGGAGGCGUGCUCCCGGGAGGAGAGAGAUGACUGGGCGGCUGACAUCACCGCCGUGGUUGACAAGCUCCGGACGGCCGACGCUGGGAAGGUCACAGAGCAGGAAGAGCCUGCUGGAUCCCAGCUGCACAACAUCAACCUGUGCAAGGUGUUGGACUCCAUGUAUGACGUCCACAGUGGUAUCAAGAUGAGCAACCACGUGGAGCAGGGCAGCACAUACAGCAACUGUUUCUCAGGCUCAGCAGUGGUGGACUGGCUGGUGUUCAUGCAGCUGGCCCUGACCCGCGUGGAGGCCCUGACGCUGGCCUCGGCCCUGCUGGAGGAGGGCUUCCUGCGGACCGUCGGCCUGAAGAGUGUGGAGGCUCUGCGCACCGCCGCCCUCAGUGAGCAGUUCAUGGACGACUCCACUGCGCUGUACAGCUUUUCUGACAGUUUAAAGAAGAGAGGCAGCGUGAAGGCAGAGACGUCGCUGUCUGCAGUGGAGCUGAGUGGAAAAGUGAUAAAGAGAGGAUACCUACUUAAACAGGGACACAGGAGGAAGAACUGGAAGGUGCGGCUGUUUGUGCUGCGUUCAGAACCUGCGUUUCUUCACUAUUUUGAUCCCACCAAGGAUGACAUCAGCCCUGCUGGCGGCUUCUCCCUGCGAAGCUGUCUGGUGUCUUCUCUGGAUGACAACGGAGUUCCCUCAGGUGUGAAAGGCAACGUUCAAGGCAACCUGUUUAAAAUCAUCACUCAGUCAGACACACAUUACUUCAUCCAGGCUCCGACCCACCAGGAGAAGAUGGACUGGAUCGAUGCGAUUCGAGAGCAGACAUAGAGCAGCGGAUUAAAACUCAAACCAGCGAUGAAGAAGACUGAAUUUACACAUUCCAUGAAUGUACACGGUAGCAACAAACUGGAGACAUACAAUCAACAUUUCUCUUCAUUUAUCUGUGAGAUGUUAAUGUUUUCAACUUGAUUAUUCUGCAUCAUAAUGGUUGUGCAG